CAAAGAGGGGGAAAAAGGGACGAUACCAAUCUUCACCACGAUGGAUCGAUCCGAUGAGAUAAUGUCAAUGUCAGCGCUCGUGUCAUCCCUCCGCGCUGCCGGCCGACACCAUCUCUCCGCCGGCACCUUCGUGGUGACACCGGUGACGGGCUCCUACCUGUUCAGGAUCGAGCAGUUCAAGCGAAUUCAGAAGAUGCUCGGCAACGGCACCAUGAUCGAGUCAGGCACGUUCCGAGUCGGUGGCCAUGACUGGCGUAUCAGGUGCUAUCCGAACGGCGAGAAGGGACAUGAGGGCUUCAUCGCCCUUUACCUCGUGCACGCCAGCCAUGACCGCACCGGCGACGCUACGGCGGAUUUCUUCAUGAGCAUCCUUGACCGCAUCGGGAAACCAUCGUGGAGCGACGGUGAGGCCCAAAUACCGGAAGAAAUCGAUGAUGAGACCGAAGGCGAUGCUCAGAACUUCUCGAUACGCGGCGACAGGUGGGGCUGGAGAGAAUUCAUGAAGGUUGAAGACCUGGACGAUGAGGAGCACCUCAAGGACGGAUGUCUAACCAUCGUCUGAGACGUCACCGUCCUUGACAUGCGCACCACUGAGUACCGUGACGGGAUGGCAUCCACGAGUACCGCGGUGCCGCCGUCCGAGCUGCACCGAGAACCCACGGAGGUCUUCUCGAAGUCCAAAGAGACGGCUAACCUGGAGAUAGAGGUCGGCGGGGUGUCCUAAUAGGUCGGUGCUUGCCCUUGCUGCCCGGUCUCCAGUCUUCAAGGAGGAAUUGAUGCCAGGGCAGGGGGGGCGACCGCCCCGGGCCCCCAAAUCUAGGGGGCCCUCCCAGGGGUGAUGUACAUAUAAAGGUUACGUAGCCCAUAGGUCAUAUAUUCACGUAUAGAGAAAAAAAAAAGUAGCCAAAGUCCAGGAAGGAAGGAACGGCAGGUUACAACAUAUGCACGUAAAUCAUGUGAAUCAGUUUACGAUCGGGAGGGAAAAAAUCAUCUUACGCACGUAAAUCACGUCACCCCGUUCUCUUUAUAUUCCUUAUUAUUACUAAUAAGCGUGAGACAUUCACGCAAAACAAGGAUCGUGGGCCGUGAGUUCAUCCCUACUUUCCUGUUCCCACGUUCCAAACUCCAGAUCCCAAAUCGCAGAGGGCUGGCCGGUCUAAGGCGCUGUAGAUAGCGACGAUGCAACACGAACAUGGCCUAGCCCCUAAAAAUUGACGCUGCUGAGUGUGAGCAGACUACGUCGCCUCGAGCGCCUGCGAGGGUCCAGUGGCUGCUGAUGAUCUAAUCAAUAUGAGGUAUAUCAUAUUACUAUGCCCUACAAUUUCAAGUAAAAAUUCGUGCUAUGAGGAAGAAAUAGUUUGAUAAAAGUAGUUGCCCAAGAAGAAAUUA